CAACUAUCAUCGGCGGUCUUUCCGAAAAAUCUGCAAAUUGUGGAAAAUGGGUCGUCGUUCGGUGAAUACUACAAAAAGUGGGAAGUUUAUGAACCCAACAGAUCAAGCGAGAAAAGAAGCACGAAAACGGGAAUUGAAGAAAAACAAAAAACAACGCAUGGCUGUGCGUCAUGCAGUGCUUAAAUCCAAAGACCCUCUACAAUUAUUAGAAGAAACGACUCUCUAUGAUAAACAAGAGUAUGAUCCCAGUGUUCAAGCUCAACUCAGUGAAAGGGUCAUUCAGGAAAAACGCCGAAAGCUGUUGGAAACAUUCGACCGUCUUGUUAUGUUAUACAGGAAAGAAGAUGCAGAAUAUGCCAACCGGCUCCAAGCAGCUCGUCAAGAUUACGACAAAAGACGGCAUGAGAUGAUGCUUUAUUACGAACAAGUAAAGUUAGCUGAAAGAGUAAAAGCUAGUGAAAUUCCGCUCCCAAAACUGCCGCAAUCACAGAUUGGUCUUAUAACGUCCGACAUACCAUUGCCUCCUGGAGGUUACGCUAAAGGUAUUCUGAAGAAGUCAUUAGGAGCUCCAGGGCUUCCACCUAGUAUACUUCCUGCAGGUCGUAAGCCGCCUGGACCACCUCCAGGAACACCUCCUGAAUUGUCAGAUAGCGAAGAAGAAGAUAAUUUUGCUGAUAAUACGACAAAGCAACGCAAAAUCCGGUUUGCUGAUGCAGACCCUAUGCCGGAGCAAGAAGAACUAAUUGGUGAUUCAUCUCUGCAUCUCGGCGAAAAAUUCACCGGUGGAUUUACAACUAUUACUCCUCCACUCUCUCAAAUCCCUUUACCGCCGCCCAUGGCUUUACCAUCCUUUACUGGCCUUAUUCGUCCAGGAUUUCCGGGAGCACCUCAGCCUACUCUAAGUCGUUUCACUUACCAACGCCGUUCAUUAACUAAGGCCAGUCAUUGUGCAUUUAAUCAGUAUUAAAAAUGAGUCGCAUAAAAUUUGGUUAUGAGGGCUUUUUGUUUUAAAUAUAUUUUGGAUCUACUUUAGUUGUAUAUCGUUAGUCUAAUACACCUUUUUCUAGAUGUAUGUAUUUAUUAAGGACGGGUGUAGAAACAUUCUUACUAACAAUACGCAUAUUUUAGUUAUGAGCUUUUAUAGGGUAAGUCCUUCCAACAACACCAAAAAUCUGGGAAUUCUGAGGAACUGUUACUGGUAAAUGCAACUUUGUGCGACACACCACUUCAACGUAGCUUUUUACUUUGCAUCAGUCCGGUUUAUUAGAUUAAGCCAUCAUACACUUCUUCUAAUUAUUGAUGUAAAAUUAUAAAACCUCGUGUUCAUUUAAAUAAAAUGCGUUUCUUCUUUAUUAGUUUCUUAACCUAAUCUCAACCCUGUUUUCAUUCAGCCACUGGGGCUAUAUUAUCAGCUCCACCCAGUUUGCACCUUCGUGAUCCACUUGAUAAUGCGGAACUUGUAAGUGGUCCAGCUGUAGCGAGCAUUCCAACAAAUCAACCAAAUCCAAGUGGAACUACUAUAGAAGCAAAACCCAACUGAAAAAUUUAAUAGGUGACGCAACACGUUUUGUCCCUACAGCGCUUAAAGUACGCAGAAUUGUUCGUGAUACUAGUGGUCGUCUAGUCACUACAGGUGGAGGGACAGCUGCAUAUGGAACAGGAAAACAAUCGAAUGCUGUUUAUGAUCGUGUUGCCAAAUCUGAUAAUACAGGAAUUAAUUCUGGAUCAGCGACUAGCAAAGAUGAUGCAUAUGAAGAGUUUAUGCGUGAAAUGGAAGGACUUAUAUGAGAACAGUUUUCAGACUCCAUGUAUAGUUUUAUCUUAUUUUGGAAUUGUCUUUCAUAUACCGUAUAUUUCAAUGCGUCUUUUUACUCAUAUCUAUCUGAAGCAAACAUUUUUCAUUGAAUCCAUCUUAAAUCAAUUUUUUACAUGUCUCAAAUUAUGAACACAUGUUUCCAUUGAAAAUUCUCGAUAGAUACCAUUUAUUAUCGUAGAAUUAUACUCUGCUCAGUGAGACUUAUCAAAACCAUCAUCCUAAUUGCGUACUAUGUUGUUUCUAUAUAUGUAGACCACAAUAUCAAAUAAGUUUAUUUGAAG